UCCAGUCCAGUAGGAGGCGAGAAAAUCACCAGAAGUUGUUUUGCAAACCGCCAUUUAUCACGAAGAAAGAACAGUUUGAGCUCUCAAUCGAUGUUCAUCAUGAGAGAGCAGGUGGAUGUGAUCUGCUGUAAAUCAGUAGGAACUGAUCUGUCCAUGCUGGAUAUUGAUGAUUUCAUCACAGAAAUCUCUCAGCUGAAGAAAGAGGUGACGUCACUGAAGACAAAACUGAAGGAGAGAGAACUGUAUUCAUCCUGCACCUGUUUUGAGCGAGUUCAAGUUGAGAUUGAGCUGGAAAAGGUUUCCUGUCAAUCUUCAGUGUGUGUGACUGAUGGGACCUCCACAGAAUGUCAGGAUUCAGUGUGGAGCGGCAGAGAUCAGUCCACACCACAGCAGCUGCUGGACAAACUCUCUGAACAGAGAUCCAGAGACACACAGGACUCACAGCUCAAAGAAGAAAGCACAACAGAGGAACAACAGAGAGAUGAAGGUGAUGAUGAACAGCAGAUGCUGCAGACAUCAGUGAAGAUGUGUUCAGUGAAGCUGCUGGACUGCAGGAAUUUGAUGAAGAUGAGAGUAGAAACCACAGCAGAGGAACAAGAGAGUGAUGAUGAUGAUGAAACCACAGCAGAGGAACAAGAGAGUGAUGAAGAUGAUGAUGAUUUUAUUCCCUCAGAGCUGAUGAACGAGCAAGAUGAACCUCUAGAGCUGAAUGAAGUGGAGGAGGAACAUCAGGAUCACAAACAUCAUGAUUUAAUACCUGGAGAAAAAUCUUUGAGUGACUCAAAGACUAAGAAGAAUUUCUCACCAAAAAAGCCUCAAAGUAGAUCAGCCAAAAAUACUUUAACCUGCUCUCAGUGUGGAAAGAGUUUCACAUGUGAAAGCCAGCUUGAUAUACACAUGAGAAUUCACACAGGAGAGAGGCCUUACACGUGCCAUCAGUGUGGAAAAAGUUUUGCACAAUCACAAAUUCUCACACGUCAUCUUCGCCGUCACUCUGGAGAAAGACCAUUUGAAUGUGAUCAGUGCGGUAAAACAUUUGUUUUGGCAACUUGCCUACAAAAACAUCUGAAAACGCAUACAAAUGAGAAGCCUUACAAAUGCUUUUUUUGUGGAAAACGUUUUUCAUGCCAGUCCUAUUGUAAACAACACCAGAAAAUACAUACCGGUGCUGGGGUUCAUAUGUGCUUUGAAUGUGGGAAGAUCUUUAUUACAGCCGGAGACUUGAAACGUCACCAAAUAAUUCAUACUGGAGAAAAACCUUACAAGUGCUCACUCUGUGGCAAAAGUUUCCCUCGGCCACAACACCUGAAAACACAUGAGAGAAUUCAUACUGGUGAAAAACCUUACAAGUGUUCACUCUGUGGCAAGAGUUUCUCUUGUUCAGAACACCUGAAAACACACGAGAGAAUUCAUACUGGAGAAAAACCUUACAAGUGUUCACACUGUGGCAAGAGUUUCUCUUGUUCUGAACACCUGAAAACGCAUGAGAGAAUUCAUACUGGAGAAAAACCUUACAAGUGCUUACUCUGUGGAAAUUGUUUCACUCAGUCACACAGCCUGAAAACACACGAGAGAAUACAUACUGGAGAAAAACCAUACAAGUGUUCACACUGUGGAAAGAGUUUCUCUUGUUCAGAAAACCUGAAAACGCAUGAGAGAAUUCAUACUGGAGAAAAACCUUACAAGUGUUCACACUGUGGAAAGAGUUUCACUCGGUCACAACACCUGAAAACACACGAGAGAAUUCAUACUGGAGAAAAACCUUACAAGUGUUCACACUGUGGAAAGAGUUUCACUCGGUCAGAACACCUGAAAACACACGAGAGAAUUCACACUGGAGAAAAACCUUACAUGUGUUCAUUCUGCGAAAAGAGUUUCACUCGGUCACAACACCUGAAAACACACGAGAGAAUUCAUACUGGAGAGAAACCUUACAAGUGUUCACUCUGUGGAAAGAGUUUCCCUUGUUCAGAACACCUGAAAUCACAUGAGAGAAUUCACACUGCAGAAAAACCUUACAAGUGUUCACACUGUGGAAAGUGUUUCACUCAGUCACACAGCCUGAAAACACACGAGAGAAUUCAUAUUGGAGAAAAACCUUACAUGUGUUCACACUGUGGAAAGUGUUUCACUCAGUCACACAGCCUGAAAACACACGAGAGAAUUCAUACUGGAGAGAAACCAUAACACUGCUUUUGAUGUGGGAAAAGUUUAAAUGCAGCAAGUAAUCUAUAUACACAUGUAAAAAGGUUUUGCCCAAGUAGUCACAGUGAGAAGACAACAUCUUCAUGUCCAUUGAUAUCGAGUAAAUUGUUAAAAAUUCAGAUAAACCCAAAGAUUACAUUUCGUCCAUAAGAGCUGCAUCAUCUAAAGCACAUUCAGAUCACCAGCCUGUUGUUGAUUCCCUGCAGAGGUGGGGGAUGGUGUCUUGAGAAUUCAUACUGGAGAAAAACCUUACAAGUGCCCACACUGUGGAAAGAGUUCCCCUUCUGUCACUCACUUGACUGUGUCGAUGUAGUGACAUUAGGGGUCAAACUUGAGAGCCAGAGACACAUUCAGAUCUUUGAAAAAAGGCCAAUGAGAAUUGGCGAGUAGAAUUUGCAUGCCACUCCCCCGAAAUAGGGGUAUAAACAUUUACAUUUAUACAUUUGGCAGAUGCUUUUAUCCAAAGCGACUUACAGUGCACUUAUUACAGGGACAAUCCCCCCUGAGCAACCUGGAGUUAAGUGCCUUGCUCAAGGACACAAUGGUGGUGGCUGUGGGGAUCGAUCCAACAACCUUCUGAUUACCAGUUAUGUGCUUUAGCCCACUACACCACCACUCCAUAUAAAAGGAGUCUGGAAUGCGAAUCCAUUCAGUGGACACAAGCGGUUAUAUUUCAGUGGACUGAAAACUACUACUGAUACGUUCACCUCUUCAGAUGCGUGUGCUAUUGGAUAUACGGCACAUUCCAGUGAAUUUCCCUCUACUCUGCACUCCAAUGUGGUUCUGUGUUUGUCCUAUGUUGUUUUAUGUAGCACCAUGGUCCUGGAGGAACAUUGUCUCGUUUCGCUGUGUACUGUACUAACUGUAUAUGGUUGAACGACAAUAAAAUCCACUUGACUUGACACUGCAAAUAGAUGAGUCUUUAGUCUAGAC